AUGUUGAUGUUGCAAAUGCAGCAAUCACCAUCUAAAAAGAUUUUGAAAUCAGUCUCAUCAAAUAAACUCAAGAAUAAAAGCCCAUUCUACAAAAAUCCCGAGAAAGAUAGAAUGAAGGAAGCUAUCGAUAUGUAUAUCGCCUAUGUUAAAAACAAUAAUGCUCCUCCAUAAUAAUAAGCGAAUCUUAAUAAAAAAGCAAGUGAAAGAAAGUUAAGAAAAUUUUUGAGCAAUGAAAUCCACACAAAAGUGAAUUUGAAGCACGAUACACUGAUUGAUAAAUACUCUAAAUGGAAAGUCAAUCAAAGUUCAAAUAAUGAAAAAGUUACAUAGUUUUCAAGCGCAGCAGAAAUCUUAAAUCAAGCCAAUGAUAGUAAAGUUGUAGCUCAAGUUAAGUAAUUGUUUCCAAGUAUAUAUUAGCAGAGUAGAAAUCCAGCAGGAGAACAAUUAAUUAACGAUAAAAAUGAAACGAAAAUUAAGAACAACUAGUUUAAUUCUAUCCUGAUGACUGAGACAAAAGAAUCAGUCCUGGAAUAAUCAGGUCCAAAGUUGAAAGUAAAUGGAAGUUUAAUAUAUGAAGAAGUUGACCAAACAGUCGAUGAAGGAGACAAUAUAAUUGACAGAGAAAGUAAAAUAAUUUUCAAUGUCAAAAAGAAGAAAAAUAGCCGCAAAAAAAAUAAAAGUCAACUCUCAAAUAUAUCAUCAAGAGGAGGAAGAAACCAAUCUCUUGAAUACCCAUAGAAUCCUAUUGCUUAUUCAAAUUAAGUCCAAGUUUAAAAAAUUACUGAUAAUAAGAUAUUGCCUUAAUUAAACUAUUACAAGUUUUCAGAAUCUCCAUAGGGUAAAAAGAAUAAAGAAAUUUUUGACAAAAUAGAUACCACCUUUACAAAGCAGCAUCAGAUCACAAAGCAAGAAUUCUUUAAAAAGGGUCAAUCUAAGAAAAACCAAACAAUAAACCUUGAAUAAGAACUUCAAGAUAAAAAGCUGAUAAAUAAAUUAAAAUUAAUCUAAAAGCAUAACGAGGGGAUUCAGGAUUUAAUUAACUUACCAACUCCGCAUAAAAUAAAAUCUUAAAGAUAAAAUUUACAAUCACCUGAAACUGAUGCAUUCGAAUUGAAGUUAAAGUUAGUUGCUUCAGAAAGCUAGGCAUCAUUACAGUUGCCUGAAUUAGACAAGUAAAAUAAGUUUAAAAACUAAGAAAGAGUUCCAUUGUCUAAAUCUCAGAUGUAAGUUUAAAAAAAUAAGAGUCCUAGAAAAUUAUAAGAUGAUGUUAAUCAAAAUCAUCUUUCGUAAUCCUAAUCAUUAGAUGUAAUUCUCUCUGCAAGAAAUGCAAAAUCAAGUAUAAUAAACAAGGCAUUGGAAGGUGAGUCCUAAGUAAAGAAAGUGAAUAAGGGGGAUAAUGCUUAGUUAUAAAAAGCAAGUCCAAUUAAAAUUAUAAAAGAAAAAAUUCCUCAAAAAAGAGAUUCUAGCAACUAAAGAGCUGCUAUUCAAAAUAUCAAUACUGAUUAGCAGCCUAAUAGUAAUCAGAAUAACACUAGAACUACAAUAAGCAACCAAACAUCAUAUUUGUAGACUAGGAAAAAUGAGAAUACAGAUAGGACUUCACUUAAGAAUAAGUUUAAGCAGCUUAUGAGAUUUAAUACUAAUGAAGACCUCGAGUAAAUUGAGUACGAGAUGUAAAUUCUUGACAAACUUUUGGAGUAAAAGUCUCAACUUAAUAAGAUGAGAAAUGGAAACGGAUAGCUUAUCAAUAAUAACGUUAAAAAUCAAGAUGAAGAGCAGUCUAAUACAAAGAGAGGCAAGGUAGUCUUUAAUCUAUCUAAGAAUGAAACAAAUCUUAUUUAUAAAGAAGAAUGA